AUGGCUUCAGACGAUGAUGUCAUCUACCUCAGCGACGAUGAAGAAAACCAAAGAGAGGUGGAACGACAGAAAGCUCUCGACAAAAAGAAGGUCGAAGAAUUUCAAAAAAAUCAUCCAGAAGAUUUUGAAAGGGUCCGAGAAGUGUUCGACACACUUCUCCAAUAUGUCCACGAUGAUCGUCGAUGGAUUUUGGAUUUAGUGGUUCCUAGGGUGCCAUACCAUUUGGGGAGUGUUCGUCUGACUUUUGCCCAUUUCCGGAAGGAAAUCCUGGACCAUCUCAUGCCAGACGCUGUCAUGAGCCUGCCUUCUCAAAUGGGCUGGCUUCACAUGACCUACAAUCGGCAGCCCGAAAUCAGCACCAUCAAUUUCUCGCACGUCUUCAAGGCUUGUCAAAUUGAAGAAGGCGAUAUCAAAGAAUAUUAUGCAUAUCGAAAUGGGAUUGAUAGGAGGGAUGGGAUCAAAAGGCAUUCGGGAGUAUUGAUGAAUCCAAUAGCUUAUAGGGUUCCGAAGCCAACGGAUACCAGGAAUGCAAGCACACAAUGGGGUUUUCUGAUCUUUAAACUCCAUAAAGCAGAAACGCUGGGAUAUCCCAAUUUUAAUUUUCGAGAACCUGAGGGCGAGGAUCAAGAAGAUUGCCAGGUCGUUGAGCCAUCCGGACCAAAAAGAGGCAAAAUAAGGCCCAGUCAGUGUCAAGCACCCACCGAACCCGACUCAUUGGAAAGCUGGAUUAGCAGGAAUCAAAGAGGAGCUACACCAGACAUUGAUGGCCAAGGAGAUGAUGCUGAAUCUCCAGCUAGGACAUUCUCAAGAACACUAUCCCAGCAGGACCGUCAUCGGAUGUCAGGAGGAGCGGCAACCAGUCCAGUGGUGCCGAUGAGUGCUCGGAGAAGCCGGAGCGACACUGGAAGAGAAAAAGGAUCUCAAAGAUCUACAGGUCCCUCUCUCAUCGAUUCUGCUACUCGCCCACGCUCAUCAAGCCCUCCCACUGCUCCAUCAAGUCCACUGGCUCCAUGUCGCCAGUUGACGCCUUCUGAUGCUCCAGCAACCGUCCAAAGCAGCAGAAGUAUCCAAAGAAAUUCAAGGACAGGACGUUUCACUCGCCGAGUGAAUAUUCGUACACCCUUGACACCUUCUGAUGCGAUCCCCCGACAAUGCAGAGGAACCCAAGGAUCUCCAGCAAAGCCAGCUAUCAUCCAGAGAGCCUCUCAACGACGCUCGUCAUCAAUCAAUGCUCCAUCGAGUCCGGUCUUUCCACGACGUUGUUUGAGAUCUGCUGAUGCUCCAGCAAUGCUCCAACAGGGCAGAAGAAAACGUUUCACGGCCCCAGUGGCUCCACGUCGAUCCUUGACACCUUCUGAUGCUCCAAGAACUACUCAACAAGGCAGAAGAAGCUCCAGAGGGAACUUAGGAUCUUCAGCAAAUUCAGGAACCCAUCGUCGUCGUCCUUCAUCUGCUUCCGAUGCUCCUCAACCGUCUCCAAGCCAUCCAGCUCAACCAUCUUCCUCAGAAGCUUCUCAAAAACCCAAAAAGGCUUCUCGUAAGCGUCCGGCUCCAUACAAGGCCUUUGGUUGUCCUCGUAGAAGACGCUCACACAAUCCUGCAAAGCGAUCUACUGGAGCAGCAGGAUCCUCGACUACAGUAGCUUCCUCUGAUCGUCGUGGUCAGGGAAAAGUGGCUGCUGCCAAAGCAGGACCAACCACAGCAGCCCCAAGUGGCCGUGGAAGAGGAACAAGAGCCCCACAGCCUAAGAAGCGGAAUACGGUUAUUUGA